ACUCCGGUGAGAGUGCUAAUGAUUAGCUUUAGCAUUUACAGUAUAAAGUAUUUCUCUGUAAUGUUUAUAUAUUACGUUUGAAGUUCCUUUUAAUGAAGUGCUUGAAUUACCAGGUAUAGUACCCAUGUAGUUAGCACAUAAGAUAGUUUCGGUAAAUUACCGUUAUUUAGUCUUUGACAGCGGUAAUGACAAAGAAAAACAGCAGUAUCAAAGAAAGACGAGUGUUUUGAAUACUUGUAAAUCGCUUAGUUUAAUGUCGCUUCAAGCACCACCAAGUACAGGUGACUCGUUUCCCAAAUACAUCGCUGUAAUGAGCCUUUUGGAAACAGAAUGAGUCGUACAUGGCUUCAUACUGCAGAUCAAGAGUUGUUCAUUUGCUGAAGAAAGGACUGCCAAAUCAAGUCCGGAUCAAGCCAGUCAACACUUCAUUUUUGGUGUCUGUUCAAGUUACAUUAAUGACAGCAAUGGCAGAUCUUGAACCUUUAGCAAAAAGACUGAAGGUCGAAAUAAAUUCUCCAACUUCACCUUCAUCAUCUCACCAUGGGCCAUUUCAGAGCAAAGACGGUGUAAAACAAGCAGGACAAUAUGUUAAACCAGAGGCCAAAGUAGAGAAAUCGAAGACUGGUGAAGGUGGUUUACUUCAAAGAAGUGGAAGGAAACAGCAACUGAAGAUCAGCACUUCAACUCUGGAUCGAUGGUUGGUUAAACCAUCAAAAUGCCCCAAAACUGCUGAAGUGCAGCAAACUCAACAAUAUGUUGAAAUGCCUGAUGACGAUGCCUUUCCAAGUACUUCAACUCAGUCUCCAGACUGCCAAAUUAUCGAUAAUCUUUCUGUCUCUGACACCGAUGAAGAUACCCAACCCUUGACACCACAAGACUUGGUUCAAGAAAUAUCUUCAUCACCAGACUCUCAAGAUUCUGGAAGCAUUGAAAAUUUGCAAACGCAAUCUCGCAGUGAUGAGGGAUUCGAAAAGCUUAAAUCUGAAACCCCCUCAGCAAGUUCAGCUGACUCAGUCAAACAGAGAACCAAAAUAACACACUUCUUCGCAACGACGUCAGCGCCAGGAUCACAAGUCAGAUCACGUCAGUCCGUUAAAGAUCCAGGGAAACAAGAUCCAGAGGAUCCAACAAGCUCUGCCGAUGUUACAUGGUUGGGGACACCAAUCAGUGAACUAAAGAGAAUGCCAAAAUGUGGUGGACCACUUCCUCCACUGAAGAAUGCUCGUAACCGGGACACAGUGAUGAUUAGGACCGACCUUCUUCGUAGUGGUAAAGUUCCUGUUCCACAUCCCACUGAGUUUAGAGAUACUUGGGACGAUGCCCAUGUAAAGAUGCCUUGUUCCAGCAGAAACUUGUUUCCUGUUGUAGAUGAGGAAACAGAAGAACUGCAGAACAAGAGCCGAUGGGAACUGAUCAAGGAAACUUUAAGCAAGGAAUUUACUAAUCCACUUGACUUGAAGAAUGCCAUAUUAAAAUACAAUGCGUCACACGCCAAGAAAUGGGACUUCACAGCUCUGCAUUUGUACUGUGUGAAGGUCCUGGAGCCUGAUGCUGCCGAACAUCUGUUUGACUCCCUGCUGCCAGACAUGGUGCAAUUAGCACUGAGAGCAUCUGAGCUCUGCACCAAGCCAAUACCCCUCCUCAAGAGGGGCAUGAACCACUCCAUCACCAUGUCUCAGGAGCAGGUGGCAUGUCUGCUCGCCAACGCCUUCUUCUGUACCUUCCCCAGACGUAACUCCAGAAGGUCUGAGUACAGCAAUUACCCAGACAUCAACUUUUUCAGACUGUUCGAGGGUUCGUCUUCAAGGAAGAUUGAGAAGUUGAAAACACUGAUGUGUUAUUUUAAUAGUGUCACGGAGCAAAUGCCGACUGGACUUGUAACAUUUACCCGAAAGAAACUGGAACAACCACCAGACUGGGAAAGUUCACAGACGCUGCUCACAAGGCUGCACAUUACCUGUGAAGGGACCAUUGAGGAAAAUGGUUAUGGGAUGCUUCAGGUCGACUUCGCCAAUCGGUUCGUCGGAGGAGGCGUCACCAGUUCUGGUCUCGUUCAAGAGGAAAUCCGCUUUCUCAUCAACCCAGAGCUGAUUGUUUCUCGUCUCUUCACUGAAGCUCUGGGUCACGAUGAAUGUCUGAUUGUCACAGGAACACAGCAAUACAGUAAAUACAGCGGCUAUGCACAGACCUAUAAAUGGAUCGACUCCCACCAGGACACCAUUCCAAGGGAUGCCUGGCAGAGGAGAUGCACUGAGAUCGUGGCCAUCGAUGCACUGCAGUUCAGGAACUUUCUUGAACAGUUCCACCCAUUGAGACUUGACAGAGAACUCAAUAAGGCAUACUGUGGCUUUGCUCGCCCUGGAGAAGAAAGGGAAAACCUGGCAGCGGUGGCUACUGGGAACUGGGGCUGUGGCGUUUUCGGAGGCGACACGCGCCUCAAAGCUCUGCUUCAGAUGCUGGCAGCUGCCGAGGCGGGCCGGGAUGUAGUCUAUUUCACCUUUGGUGACAGCCAGCUCAUGACAGAUGUGUACGACAUGCACUCUUUCCUCACUCAGAGGAGCAUCAGUGUUGGGGAAGUGUACGAUCUCCUGGGGCAGUACUACAACUCCGAGAUCAGGAGCUGCGCCGCUCGCCGCCCUGACGUCAGCCUCUACUCCUUCAUCUACAAACAGGUCGACUCCUCCCCGACAUCCGACGAUCCCGACUCGAGUCCAGCCAGACGGCACGUACCCGCAGACCGUCACUGAGGUCAGGUGACCGAUGAGUCACCGUGCCUUAUUUCCACAAGAUGAAACACCUGGUGAUAUCAGAUAUCUGCCUCAAGCUUUAUUUUAUUUUAUUUUAUUUUAGUUGACGUAUUGUGGGUUUUCCCGCAUGUGGCUCUGACCACUUGCUACUUAAAAAAAAAAAAAGAAAAUGUAGCUCGGAAAUCCUUUCCAGAAACGAGCUGAACUGCAGGAGGUGGUUAGUUAUGACCCUGUCUGGCGCU